GCGCGCGCACCUCCGCAUCUCUCCGGUAGGCGCGAGCUCCGAUUGCUUCUCGUUUCUGCUGUUUCGGCGCAAAUCUGACGCUGUGAAUCAGUCUGAGUUGAGUUUUUGUGGUCACGGCGAGGCUGAGCAUCCUCUGAGGACGAACCCGUCUCGCCCUGCAAGUGCAACAAUUCGCGCACUCUUCCAGCAGCAGCUCGAGGAUGGGGGGUGUGUGUGGUGCCGGUGGGCUGCAGGCUCUGGCGGUUCUCCUGUGUCUCUGGGCUGGAUGUGGUCUGAUUGAAGCGGACACUUUUGUAACUGUGCGCAGAGUAAUGCACCCCACCAUCCGUGAGCCACUGUCAGGCUCUGCCCUCCUCCCCUGCGUCCACACCCUGCAGCUGGACCCAUCCCAGCAUACCGGGACAUCCCGUGUCCGCUGGACGCUCCUGCGUGAUGGAGUGGAGACUCCAGUUCUUUGGGCCGUGGAUGGGGUGGUCCGGGUGCACCAUGCAUUUGCAGGCCGGGUCGGCCUGCCUGGAUUCUCCCGGGACGUCCAGAACGCCUCCCUGUCCCUCUCACAGCUCCGCACCAAUGACUCCGGAACCUAUCGCUGCCACCUUUCUCUGGGGGACACUUACGAGCAGGACACCGUGCCUCUGGAGGUUACAGGGGUUGUUUUUCAUUAUCGUGUGGCUGCUGAGCGCUACUCUCUCUCCUUUGCGGAUGCUGGGCGAGCAUGUGAGCAGAACUCGGCUCAGAUGGCCUCUCCAGAGCAGCUGUGGUCCGCUUUCCAUUCAGGCCUGGACAGCUGCUCAGCUGGCUGGCUCAACGACCGGACCGUCAGGUACCCCAUCCAGAAGCCAGAGCUUGGUUGCUACGGACACAAAGAGUACUCACGUGGCGUAAGGAAUUAUGGGAAGCGAGACCCAUCUGAGCUGUUUGAUGUGUACUGUUUCGCCAGUGACAUGCAAGGUGAGGUGUUCCCCUCAGCUCCAGGGAAGCUGACCCUGCCCGAGGCCGCCGCACACUGUGCAUCGCUGAGCAGCCAGCUGGCUUCUGUAGGGCAGCUCUACUUAGCCUGGAGGUCUGGCUUGGACCACUGUGAUCCGGGCUGGCUGGCAGACGGGAGUGUGAGGUACCCAGUCAUAAGCUCACGACCUGAGUGUGGAAGUGGAGAUCCAGGGGUCCACACGCUCUCGCCCUCUGAGCUUGGCAAUGGGACCACCCUGUUUGGUGCAUAUUGCUUUAAAGAAACACAAGGUUCCAGUUCAUCCUCUCCACAACCUGCCCACCAACCAUCUAACUGGACCGGUCAGGUGGAUCUGGACAAGGAACCUGCUAUUGCAGCGGAAUUCCCAGAGUCUUCUGAUGAGUAUGUGACUGUUCAUCUCCAAGUGGGGGACACUUCAUUGGACUGGAGUGGCCAGGUGGACUCACUCCAGGACAGUCAGCAGGAUGGUUCUUCUCCUGGUUCCGGCGUCACCCUAGAGAGUCAGGGUGGAUCAGCAAAGGAGGAAGACGAGGAUGACGAAGGUCUUUCUGGUCAACCUGUCACCAUGGCCACUCCCACCGCCACGCCCACAGCUACACCCACCACUACCGCACAGAUAAAGGCAAGAAGUCCUAUCAAGAACAUCAUGAGCUCACUGUGGAAACCCUGGAACUAUCUGACAGGAGGUGAAGGGGAAGAGCAAGGGAUCACACAGAAUCCAGUUACCACGGUGACGACUGGGACAAAUCCUACAGUUUCUGAGAUUUCUUAUGCUACAAAGUCUACUGCUUCUCCAACAUCAGGGCCAGUGUCCUGGUGGGGGCGGACAUGGUUCACCAACCCUUCUUCAGCUAGUGAUAAAUCAUCCAUCCCUCCUGAACCCGAGACCGUGGCAGCCCCAUCAGCAGUGCCAUCAGUAAUCCCAUCAGAAGUUCCCUCAGCAGUUCCUUCAGAAGGUCAAUCAUCAACUCCAACAGCAAUCCUUUCAGAAGUUCCAUCAGCAACCCCAUCAGUGGUACCAUCAGCAGCCCCUUCAGCAGUCCCGGUAGUGGUCACUGGAGAAGGCCUUGGCUCGAGUGUGACUGUAGCCAUAGGAGAAUGGGCAGUUGUAACUGAGGUAUUGCAGCAGGGAAGCAUGACCACUGGCCUGUGGAAUGAAGCUGAUAGCAAUCAUGGGUCCUUAUCAGUCCCACUGAGUGAGACACAAGAGGAGAUGAGGAAAGUAUCAGGGGUACCAGAGGACGACUCUGUGGAAGUCAAGGAAACAGAGGCAGAGGGCAGUUCCUGGGGAGAAUUGGACCUCUCAGAAACUACCCCCAAAACCCCAGCAACAGAAACAUUGACAACGGUCCCAUCUAGCAUUCCUACCAGUACGGAGGCCAUUGUAGCAACCACUACACGAGUGGAUGAAAGCACGGCUGUGGAGGCUCGUGGGGAGAUCCAGUACAAACGCAAGAACAGACUCAGACGGCCAGGCCAGCGUAAUCAGGAAACAACCACCACAGUGGUCAUCUCCACACCGUCAACAGUGUCGGAGACAGAAGAUAAAGCCCAGGCAACACCAAGCCCUCAAGUGCACACCUCAGCACCUACUUCUGUAGGAGAGACAAGAGGAGUGUCCCCAACAACUGUGGAUCAGGUCCAGUUGUCAAGCUUUGGAACCUUGUUGCCUGGCAACCCAGAGAGUGGCCAUGGCAAUUCUGAGGUCAUUUGGAGCAAUGGUUCACACAGUUCUGAAGCCGCAGACAGAUGCAGUUGUUUGCAUGGUGGGACGUGUCUACCGGAUGGAGAAGGCUUCCGCUGCUUCUGCCCACAGGGCUACACGGGAGAGAGCUGUGAGAUUGAUGUUGAUGACUGCCUGUCUAACCCGUGUGAGAACGGUGGCACCUGCAUUGAUAAAGUGGACUCUUUCAUCUGCCUGUGCCUGCCCAGCUACAGCGGAGACAUGUGUGAGAAAGACACUGAGGGCUGUGAGCAUGGCUGGAAGAAGUUUCACGGUCACUGCUACAGGCUCUUCCCCCGCCGGCACACCUGGGAGGACGCCGAGAAGGACUGCAGAGAGCACAGCGGUCACCUGACCAGCGUCACCUCUACCAUGGAGCAGGACUUUCUCAACGGUCUGGGCCAUGAGAACGUGUGGAUCGGGCUGAAUGACAGAACAGUGGAGGAAGACUUCCAGUGGACAGACAACAUGGACCUGGUGUACGAGAACUGGCGGGAGAACCAGCCAGACAACUUCUUUGCGGGCGGAGAGGACUGCGUGGUGAUGAUCUCUCGAGAGGACGGCAAGUGGAACGACGUACCCUGUAACUACAACCUGCCCUACAUCUGCAAGAAGGGCACAGUGAUGUGUGGAACUCCCCCUGCUGUGGAAAAUGCUUACCUAGUGGGUCGGAGGCGGUCUCACUAUGACAUCCACUCGGUGGUGCGUUACCAGUGUGCCGACGGCUUUUUCCAGAGACACAUCCCCACGGCCCGCUGCCGGCCCAACGGAACCUGGGAGAGGCCCAAGAUCAUCUGCACCAAGUCACGGAGGUCCCACCGUUACCGUCGGCAACACCACAGAUCCCGCCACGAGCACCGGCGACACCGGCGACACGGGGCUGGCCACAGGGGACGGGACUAGAGCCGCCGAUCAACACCACCACCACCCGUGGAUCCCUGCGUGACGUCACUCCCUCUGCUCCGAGCUCUGAGGUGCAGAGGAGAGCGAAAGAGGGCCUCCAAGGACAGAAAUGAUAGUGUCUUUUUUCUCACUCUUUUCUCUUUUUAGAGGUUCUUUCUUUUCUUUCGAGCAAAAUUGUGUUUUGAAUCAUCCUUUCUCUCUCCCUUUACUCUUGGAUUUAGUUACGAUGUUGAUCUCCGUCUCCCUGAGGGGGGAGAAACUGACUCUUCUGACGUUGCCACUAAUAUAUGACUUAGUUUAAUAUAUUCGAAGUUGACGUUAACAUAAUUAAUCAGCUAAGGUUUGAUUGCAGGGCAGGUUCUCCUGAUUGACUGAUCAAUUAUACCUGUGCGUUUGAGGCUGGUUCAUGUGGCAGUCAGAUCGCCCUUGGUAGGAACAUUUGUAUCAAUUUUCGUUGUAGUGGCAGAAUGUUCUCAUAGGUCAUGCUCUAUUUGGGUUAGAGUUAUGUAUAUCCUCUUUGUAGUGCAAUAAUGCUUUAACGAAUGUGGCCCAAAACCCCAAAAAUGAAAGAAACAGCCCCCUCUUGUUGAUGCCUGCUUAUAUCACAAUACCAAUAAUCCUUGUUAUGGCACAAUGAAUAAAAUUAGAGUUUUUUUUAACCUACCACUUUUUUUUUAAUCCAAAACCUAUGAUUGCUGUCAUAACAAAACUCUUAUUUUACAUGAGAGGUCUAUGUUACACUGUACCGGUUUAACAAUUAUUCAAGGUGUUUAGGUGUUUUUUACUCUCUCAGAGCCAUAAAAAUAACCAGUGGGCAUAUAGAGGGAGUGUUAGAUUUCAGUUGAGUGUUUAAAAAGGAAGAAAAAAAAAGUUUCAAUGAGCUGAGAUCCAAGAUUUUCUCGUGGCAGUGACACUAUUUAGCACUCUUCAUUUCAAUAGAAGCAUUAAUUAAAACACUAAAAGUCUUACUGAAUGUCUAAUUAGCAUAGUGUGACUAAUUCAUACACUUGGUUGCAAAUUUUGUUAAUUAAUAUUUUUAAUUCAUUGACAGAGGUUUGAAUUGCAGAGUGAUUCUUGUCUGUUUGGCUGGCAAAGCACAUGUAUAUUGAGUUUGUACUCAUGUAGGCUAUUGACACAGUAGAAGUACGGUGUGCAUUCGCAAAAACAGUAACCAGAGCUAGUGAUGAAAAAUUCUUCCAAAAAAGUUAGGACAGUAUGUGAAAUCAAGUAAAAACAGAAAGCUGUAAUUUAGUGAUAAGGAGUAAGGGGGCAAUUUAAGACUAGGAACAUUGUUAAAUGUUCAAGGAAACAUUUUAAAAGCAAGCAAUGUAUUCUUACUUGGGUACAAAAGGAAAGAAAAGCCUAGUACUUAGAUGGUUAGAGGCUUGUCACUUUGCCAAAAAUGCAUCGGCAAAUAGUCCGGCUAUUUAUAAACAAUGUUUCUCAAUGAGUUUUGCAAGGAUUUUAGGUAUUUUUCCCUCUACGUUGUAUAAUAUUAUCAAAAGAGUCAGGGAAUCCAGCAAAAGCCAUAUGUCAACAACAUCAAGAAACACCACUGACUUCUCUGGGCUUGAGCUCAUCUGAAAUGGACUGAUACACAGUGGAAUCAUGUAUUGUGAUCUAACAAGUCAACAGCACCAGGAAACAUUCUGCACAUGUUACAACAGCAUAGCUGCAUAAUCAGAGAGUGAAAGUGAUAGGCUGACCUGACAGAAUUUACUGCUUUCUGUUCUUAUUAGCAUUUCACAUACUGUCCCAUUUUGGAAUUGGGUUUGAACAUCAUCGCAUCCCCAUCAGAAAGGACACCACAUCCCCAUGAAAUUUACUACUGAGAGCAAAGAACAACAUUGGACAACCUAAGGAAUACUAUGCACUAUGAACUAUACUAUAUACUAAAUGACAGCAGCAGAGGCUAAGAUGCUAACAGACACCACAUCUGUACUAUACAGCUGAUUACGACAGCCAUUAGUUCAGACAUGUUGUCCUGUACUUAGCAGAAAAGAACAGAAAACCUGAAUUUGAAAGUCAGUCAGCACCUUCCCAUUGGCUUCUAUGCUAAUAUGUUUAGAGCCAAAGAUUUUCUUUUCUCAGUACAGAGGAAUUACUAAUCGACCGUAUACCACAUAAGUAUUCCUUUAUAGCAGUGGAUGUCAUCUUUUAGCAUGUUAGCCACUGUUGCAGUGACUAUCUGAAUGAGUAUUUUAGUCUAGCAACUUCCUUACAUGUUGCAAACAAAUUAAAUCUUGACAAGUGAAAUCAUCUUAAAUCCAGUCAAUACCUAUAAUGUUUCUAAAUUAGAGAUUGUUGUAAUAAUAUAAGAUUUUUCACCUUAUUUCUCGUUAUUUUUAUUCUUUUAUUUUUUUCAUUAUUAUUAUUAUUUUAUUAUAUU